CUCAUGGGGGAGGCUUGUGCGCAUGCGCGGGGUGUGGGCGGGAUCUACGGGGAGGGGAAUGCGCAUGCGCAAAGUUCUCCAUUGAGGGCGGGGGGUGGCAAAGUGUGGGAUUGUAUAGGGAGUCUGUAUGGGUCGUAAAGGGGUUUGGGAGUUGCAAAGAAGGGAGGAUGCUGCACUUCUCUUUUUAUAGCGUGUGUGGCUCUUUUUGGAGUCAUUAAGUGUGGAAAAGGCCUGUGAGGUCAUUGUGUCCAAGUGUCACCCCGUCCCCACUCGUUAAGGUUGGAAAAGACCUCCAAAGAUCACCAAAGUCCAACCACCAAUGGGUGGAAAUGGGACCCUUUCUGCACUGGGCCUGCUCACCUCUCAGCCAACAGCUGUUUCCACGUGAAAAGCGUCAAUUAUUGCAAUGCUGGAGGAGGCCCUUGUCACAGGGAACCAAAAUUAGUGGAGAAAUGACCCAUAUUCUCCCCCAAAUCACCCUGUUCCUCUGCGAGAGGAGCAUGAGGGGUGCGGAGGGUGUAACACUGCAGUUUCUAUAGAUUUCCCCGCUUUUCUUUAAUUUUUCAUCACUAUUUCUGGUGACAUUUUCUCUGCGGAGGAAAUACUUGUGGGAGAGGCCACUUUCGGGCGGAAUUUGGGCUGAAAAACGGCGGAUUUGCGAUCUGCGGGUGAGCAGCGCCGCAGAGGGGCGGCGCCCGCUUCCAAAAUGGCGGCCCCGCGCCCGCUUCCAAAAUGGCGGCUUCGGCCUCAAGCAGCGCAUGGGGAGAAGAUGGGCCCCCCCCCCACCACGGAGCGGUUGGGGCGAGCGGAGCGAGAUGGCCGCUGCCUCCCCCGGGCUGUGAGAACGGCCUGGCUCAAGAUGGCCUCGGGAGGAUGAAGCCGCGGCGUCCAUCUUGGUUGAGGGCAGCCCAUAGGGACGAGGGAUGCGGGGGCCCCAUCAGGCCUGAAGGGGGGGAGGGGGCUAUGGAGGGGGGGGGGGGGAAGUUUUGGGGACAUUUUCAGAGCCCCCAAACCCUCAAAGGGCUCUUAAAUACAUCUGCACUGUGCUCCUGGCUGCCUGGUACACGGGGAGCUGUCCCUAAUUGACAGAAAAACCCUAUUUUCACCCCAAACACAGAUCCUUUGUAGGAUGAGCGCAGCCUCACGCCCCGGCCCCCUCCAUCCACACUCAAUAAAAUGCCCUAAAAUCCCCACCUUCAAAUUUCGGAUGUUUUGGACCCCAAAGCGGUGCUUGACAGCUUUGUUACCCGAAAGGGUUUUUUUAAUGCUGUUAUUUUACUUCCAUUUCUGCCCACACCGCCGCCAGAGGGCCAUGGCAAAGAGCGGAGCUUUUUUCCCGUUUUAAAUUCCUUCCUUCCCCCCCUCCCUCCCCCUUUUUUUUUAAUUUAACUCUUCCAUUUCCUGAGCCGCCGGAGGGGUCAGACCCCUCACGCAGCCCUCUGCCCCUUUGCGUUGCAUUUUGGGGAGAAAAAGGCGGAUUUUCUUUCCAAGAAACAAGAAAAUGGGGCACCUCCGGACAUUGCCCCCAGCACCCCGUGCACGGCAGAGCGCAGGAGGAAAAUGAGGAAAAUGGGAUGAAUUGCAAAGGGAAAAAAUAACGGGGAUCGGCAGUGUGAGCCUGAAAUCGCCCUUUUUGUCCUCAAAUCGGUAAGUCCUGCCCUAAGUCCUUUCCUAUCAGCCCUCCCUGCCCUAAAUCCUUUCCUGUCUCCCUAGCAGUCCUCCCUUCUCCAUCCCAUGCUGCCAGAAAAUCGGAAUUCAGCGCGAUCCUAAACGCUGUCCGCAGAGGAGGGUACACGGAGCAUCUCCUCCUCGUUGUGGGGCGACAUGGAGCCCUAUGUGCUGCUGGACCCACGGCAGAGAGCGCUGUACCGGGAUGUGAUGCAGGAGAGCUACGAGACACUGAUGUCCCUUGAGUUCCCCAUUUCCAAACCCAACCUGCUGUCCCAUGGGGAUGAAUCCGCAGCCCUGGAUCUCCAUGUACCCAAGGACACCCCGCAGGGAGACAACGGAGCAGCACAGGAAACCCCCCAGGAAGACCCCAAAGUGAACAAACCCCCAGACGAGGGUCGUCCGUGCAGCCCCACAAAGGGGAGGAGCGGGGAAACGCCGCACCACCGCCAAGCCCAGCCCCGCGCCGCGUGCGGCCAAUGCGGGAAGAGCUUCAGCCACAAAUCGGCGCUGGUGAAACACCAAAAAAUCCACUCCGGCGACCGCCCGCACGAGUGCCCCCACUGCGGCAAAGCCUUCAUCCAACGCUCUGACCUCACCAUCCACCAACGGGUGCACACGGGCGAGCGGCCCUACGCCUGCCCCGACUGCGGCCGGCGCUUCAGCGUCAGCUCCUCGUUGCUCACCCACCAACGCACCCACGUUCCCGGCGGGGAGAAACCCAACCGCUGCCCUCAGUGCGGCCGUAGCUUCGCCGACGCGGCGGCUCUGGAUCGGCACCGUAGGAGCCAUUUGGGUGGGAAACCCUACGAGUGCGGGGUGUGCGGGAAGGCCUUUGCGUGGAGUUCCCAUCUGGAGCGGCACCGGCGCAUCCAUACCGGAGAGAAACCCUUCCAGUGCGCCCAGUGCGGGCGGGCGUUCGCGUGGAGCUCCCACCUGGACCGCCAUAUGCGCACCCACGUGACGGUGGAGGAGGAGGAGGAAGAAGAGGAGGAGGAGGAGGAGGAGGAGGGUGGGGAGGACGAAGACCUCCCUCCUCCACCCCAAAAAUGCGCCGACUGCGGGAAGCGGCUCAACCACCAGACGGACCCAGAGCGCUUCAAGCAUAAGGGGACCCAAACAUCGCCAACUGGGGAUGAGGAUGGGCCCUCCAUCACCCCAACAUCACCAACUGGGGAUGAGGAUGGGACCUCCAUCAUCCCAGUAUUCCCAACUGUACAUGAGGAUGGGUCUUCCACCAUGCCAACGUCACCAACUGGGCAUGAGGACGGGCCCUCCAUCAUCCCAACAUCGCCAACUGGGGAUGAGGAUGGGUCUUCCACCGCCCCAAUAUUCCCAACUGAGGAUGAAGAUGGGUCUUCCAUCGCCCCAACGUCACCAGCUGGGGUGGAAGAUGGGCCCUCCGUGGCCCCGUCCCCAUGCGAACAGUGCGGCACACCCCUCGCGCAGAGCUCCGACCUCAAUCACCAGCACAUCCACCCCACCACCGAGCGGCCCCACACGUGUCCCGGUUGCAAGCGUCGCUUCCGAUGGAGCCCAGCCUUGACCAAACACCGCCGAGCCCACCCGGAACCCCACGCCGAGGAACCCGACGCCAAGCCCUACCCGUGCGGGGCGUGCGGGAAGACCUUCGGUUGGCUCUCCCAUUUGGAACGGCACCGCCGCGUCCACACCGGGGAGAAACCGUUCCGCUGCGGGGAAUGCGGGCGGGCCUUCGCCGUCAGCUCGCACCUGGAACGGCACCGCCGGGUGCACACCGGGGAGCGGCCCUACGGCUGCGGGGACUGCGGGAAGAGCUUCGCCGUCAGCUCCACGCUGCGGGCGCACCGCCGGCUCCACGCCGCCCAGCCCGCCCGGCCCCAUCAGUGCCACGAGUGCGGCAAAGGCUUCGGGACGGCGGCCAACCUGGAGCGGCACCGGCGGCUGCACCGUGGGGAGAAUCCCUUCCAGUGCGGGCUGUGCGGGAAGGGCUUCGCGUGGAGCUCCCAUUACGACCGGCACCGGCUCACCCAUACCGGAGAGAAACCCUUUUCUUGCGCCCACUGCGGGAAGCGCUUCGGGCGCAGCUCUCACCGCAACCGGCACCAACGCGCGCACGCGGAGAAGCGUCCCGGCCGCCCCCAGCCCGCGUGGGGCACGCAGCCAGCCCCACUGCGUGGGGCGAGGGGGCCCAGCCCCGCUUCCCUGCUGCCUUCCUCCCCUGCCCCACAAGAGCUGCUGCCACCCCCCAGCUCCUGAGGUAGGGGUCAGGAUUUGGGGGGCUC